AUGAUGAGGACGGACAGCAAAGGCCGAAGUGCCUCCCCUCACAGGAUAACCUACAAGUCUGACUUCCAUGCCAUUAAGUGUUCAUUCGACUCUGGGACCAGUUUACAACAAGGGACCAAAGCUGCUGCUGCCCAGCGCUCUGCUGUGCAUCCAAACAGGCUGCCAUCCAGCAUGUCAGAUCCCAUGAUGUCCCGCACCAACAGCAGCACAGGCAGCAGAGGGAGGGUCCAAAGCACGAGGGGGACCAAGAUCAGAGACAACAUUUUCCUCCAAAUGGACAGCCAGCAGCUGAAACAAGAUGGUGGUCCAGCGCUGACUCCUGGCGUCACACCCCUCGUUUCCCCCCAAAAUCCUAGCCUGCAGCUCCAAACUUCACCUUUCUCUGGAUCCAGACAUUCAGUCAUGAGUUCCUCAUCUGUUGUGAGCACUGUGGCCUGCAUCUCUACUCCUGAAUCCUCUCUGCAAGAUAAACCUUCUAGAUCAGAUGAGAUAACGGAUAUUGACAGAGCUGCUCUGGCUCAGAAGUUCUCUGUAACCCGCAGGUUGUUUGAAACCAAGGUGAUGGAGCCUCCUGACCUCAGCUUGACCCCUGAGGAGCCACUGAGAGCAGAACUUGUCGACGUAAAGACAGAGUCAUCAGAAAGCGAUGAGAAUGAAGAAGAAAAGGAGCAAAAAGAGAUCAUAAAAUGGAUUAAGGAUGAGGGGGAAAAGUAUAUCAACAAAAAUGUAGAAGAAAGUGUGGAGGCCCUUGUGGAUGAUGUUUUUGAAUCAAGCAUGGAAACAACACCGGGAUCUUAUAUGCUGGAAAGAGAAGUAGGUAGGCCAGUCGCUCCCUCGGAAGAACACCACAGGCAGUUAUCCACCAGCAUGCCGUGUAAAGGAGAGACUGGAGAUGACGGAGAAAGUGGAAGAGACAAGUAUCAGCAGGUGAAUGAACCAUGGGAGGGUCAAAGGGAGGAGCAGAACAGAGAGUUCGUUGCAGGGGCUGUUAGGAAGUCAACAGAAAAGGGGGACGACAGGGAGAAAAAGACAGAUGCAGGGGUGAAAGAAAGUGCUGGAAGGAAAGAGAGGGGUAUGAUGCAAGAGGAGGAUGUUGACAAGGAAGUUGAGGGAAGGAGGAAAGGGGAAAGUGGAGAGGAAGAAUGUAGAGAAAGUCAAGAGCAGGAAAGAACUGAGAAAGAAGAGAAAAGGGAGAGAGAAGAAGGUACAAUGUCUAAACACACCAAUGAGGAGGUGAAGCACGUGGCGUACAGAGGAGGUAGUGAUGGAAAAGGUGACAUAGGAGGAGUCAAAGAGGACCAGACAGGAUCUGCAGUAAUCUGUGGGAUUGAGAACAGGGCUUUUUUGUAUGAUCAGGAAUCCCAGUGUCAUCCAGAGCAUUCCACAUCACCAAGCCAGGGUUUUGGACAGUCACUGCAUGCAGAAAAUCAGCUUUUAUUGAAAUAUGAGGAAAUUCCUGGUGUUCCCGAUCAGGAUGAUGAGGAUGCAUCAGAGGCGGCAACGAGAAAGGUCAGAUUCUCCUCAGCACCAAUCAAGGUGUACAGCACCUAUUCCAACGCAGAGUACGACAGACACAAUGAGGAUAUUGACCCGGUGUCCGCCUCGGCCGAGUAUGAGCUGGAGAAGAGAGUGGACAGGAUGGACGUCUUUCCAGUGGAGAUAGAAAAGGGAGACGAUGGUCUGGGUAUCAGUAUCAUAGGAAUGGGUGUAGGGGCUGACCAGGGACUGGAAAAACUGGGAAUCUUUGUCAAGACAGUAACUGAAGGAGGAGCAACACAGAAGGAUGGAAGGAUUCAGGUGAAUGACCAGAUAGUGGAGGUGGAUGGGUUGAGUUUGGUUGGAGUCUCCCAGCUGUUUGCAGCCACAGUCCUCAAGAAUACAUCAGGCCUUGUCAAGUUUUUGAUUGGUCGUGAGAAAGAGGGGGUGGAGAGCGAGGUGGCACGACUGAUCAAUGAGAGCCUGGAAAUGGAUAAAACAUCCAGAAAGAGAGAAAGAGCCAGCAGAGAUGAGGAUGAUGAUGAUGGCAGCAUGUCAGAGAAGGGUUCAGUGGCUGAAGAAGAAGAAGAAGAGGAGGACGACGACGAAGAAGAAGAAGAUGAAGAGGAGGAUGUGUCUGUUCUUUCCAGUCUGGACAGCUACCAGCUUUGCCUCAAAUACCAGCAGCUCCAGUCAAAACUACGAAACAGAACGACCCAACUUCACCACGCUAGAGAAAAGUUAAAGGCAUGGAAGGAGCAGCGGGUGUGUUGGGGGAACCAGAGGGCUGAGCUGGAGCAGAGAGCAGAGGAUGGAGACGAGAAAGCUGACAAACUAGAGAAGUAUUGGCAAGAGGCCCAGACACUGUGCAGGGUUGUGAGCCAGCGACUGGCUGAUGCCCAGAGCCAAUCGGAAAGCUUAGAGAUCAAAUACAGCAAAGCCAAGAGACUGGUCAGAGAAUACCAGAGCAGGGAUGAGGAGAGGGAGCACAGGGAGGCGGAUUUGAGGAGAGAAAUGGAGGAGAGAGAUAAGCAACAUAGAGACACUGUUGAAAGGCUGCAAAUCCAGAUAGCACAGCUAGAGAGAAAAGAGCCUGUAGCUGAAAGAAAGAACCACUCUGUGGACUCUUCAGUCAUAGACUGGAUUAUUCCAGUCCCUGAUACAGGACGUCUAGACUCCAGUGCUCAUAUAGCCAGAGCUCAGCUGGCCCAGAAAUCCAAGCGCCAUCCACCAUCUCGAGACAAACUCCGAGAGAGCUUUAGAAAACAGGAAGUUGAAGUCCAUACACCACACGAGAGCCAACCACUGUCCGCUCCCACACUGGCACAAAGGAGCAGUAGAAGCGACAUGUCCAGCACCUCCUCCUUCUCAGCCCUCAGUCCUCAUCCUCCCACCAGCUCCGUCUUCACCCCUCCCAUCUACAUCACUGACACUGUCACUCCUUCGCCAUGCAAAUCCUCAGCUUCCAGAAAAUCCAAAAGGAAAUUUCCAGACUUCAGUGGCCUUCGCAAGUCUCUCAGCAAAAGGAGAAGUGAAAAACACAGCAGAAGGUCCACGAGCAACAGGGGGUCAUGCGGUGACCUGGUGGAUGAGAACACUGGCGUUUCUCCAUCAGGUUCAGUCACCUCCAUGCCGUCUUGCUUGCCCUUUCCCUGGUUUGGAGAGAAAGGGAAGGAGUCUGUGUCCAGCAGCAGUUUGCCAUACCUGACCACCACGGGCAGAAGAGAUCAGAGUGCUGGCUCUCCCGUGGGCAGCUCCAGCAUGGUGUGUCACGCCUCUGAUCACUCCCUCUCUGGACACUCUCACACUUUCACCUUUUCCUCCACCGAGACGUUGGACGAUGACCCAGUUCCCACCAAUAACAACAAUCAGUGGAAAAGUCGACCCGUCUUGGAGUGGAACAACCAGCAGGUCUGUCUGUGGUUAGUCGCCUUGAACAUGGAUCAAUACACGUCAGAGUUCGCUGCCAGAGGAGUGGAUGGGACACAGCUGCUCAACAUGGACAGUGAGAAACUCAAGGCUCUGGGUGUGUGCAGUCAAAGUGACCGCUCUGUCCUGAAGAAGAAACUGAAGGAGAUGAAGAAAAGAGAGGAGAAAGAACAGAGGAAAGGAGAGACCAGGCUGAAAGAAGAAAAGGAGAAAGAGAAGAAUGCAGUUUUGGACAGAGACGGUGAAGGAAGAGAGAGAGCGAGGAUGACGACGGAGGAGAAGUCUGUAAGAGACGUCAGACGCAGCGGCAAAACCGUAAGAACUGAGUCACUCUUAUGAAGGGAAAGACAAAGGUGACGUCGGAUGCACCACCAGCAUGAGGAUGUGUUUGCAGUCUGAUACACACACAAAUACACUUGAACCUAUUUCUAUUUAGCUAAUAGAAAUAGAUCUGUCGCACACAUCCUCUCUUCUUCACGUUAAUAAUUAUCAUUUAGUAUACAGAUCACUGGUUGGUUUUAACUGAAAGAUCUUCAGACUAGGACUCCAGCACCAAAGUUCACACUCACAGCAAUUAUGUGUCUAUGUAUAUGUCAAGUGUGUGAGACUGUUUUCCUUUUUUUCCAUUUUUUUUUCUUUCAUGAACUUUAAAUUAUCCUCCUAAAUUAUUUGACAAUGUGCUGAUU